AUUGUCAUUUAAAACAUAUCUAAAAUGUAUCAUACUACAAUUUUAUACCUCUGAGUACAACCCUUACCCCCUGGGAUCUAAAUAUCGCAGGAUUCCACUACCACCGCAGUUACACAGUAGGCCUUUCUCUUGUAAAGUAUAAAUAUUUCAUCUCUGAGUUAAGAUGUCAAAGUUGUUUCGUGUUACAGAUGUAACCGACAAUGAUUCCGGUUACGAAGAUAUAGCCUGCGACCCUUACGAUUUGUCCGAUGAUUACUCCCCUAAAUUUAACCCUAGCGCAUUGCAGAUGCCUAAUUUUGACUUUGACUCUUUGCAAGCUAGUCCUACCUUGGAUUACCUCUCCAAGAAUGAUUAUAAUAGAAUAUCCGAUGUAGACCUGAAAAGGUUUUCAGAUGAGCAUUUUCACAAUUCCUAUAUGCAAUUCAGCAUGCACAACAAGUCUGCAUUCUUUUUGCUUCAAUCUGAAUUGUUUCUAAGCACCAGGAAUUAUAAGGAAGCACUCUCUGCUGCCUUGGUUUCCGAAUCUUUGAUCGGAGAGACGUUGGCUAUAAAGGCCAUCAAAAUGAUUUGCAUGUAUCAACUGAACGACGACAAGAGGUUCAAAGACUUAAAGGAGGAGAUUUUAGCCUCUAGUUUAGAGGGCUUAUCGGACACAUUAAGACAACACACAAUUGGCACAAUCCAAGUCGCAAGCUUGGUCCCAGAGUUUCUUAGCUGUCUAGAAUCAAUGAAGUCUAAGCAAACUUGUUAAACAUAAAUUA